CAAAUAGGUUAGAAGAGGUUCCUGCCGUAGGGCUCAGAGCAGAUUCAGGCAGGACAGCAACAGUAUGAGGCUGCUCCUCUUGCUAGCUACCCUUUGCAAUGGAGUAAGCAGCAGCAUUGUGCUGCAGAAAAUGUACAGGAGGAUCACAUCCCCUGACUUCCCAAAUGCCUACCCAAACCACAAGGAGAGAAUCUGGAAUAUUACUGUCCCCAAGGGAUAUUCCGUCCGCAUCUACUUCACUCACUUCAACUUGGAGCUGUCCUACCUGUGUGAAUAUGAUUAUGUGAAGCUGAGCUCUGGUGGGAAGACCUUGGUUACGCUGUGUGGAAAGGAGAGUACAGACACUGAGGAGGCACCAGGCAACAAGACAUAUGUCUCCAUUGACAACACCCUCAUGGUGACGUUUCGGUCCGAUUACUCCAAUGAGAAGCCAUUCACAGGCUUUGAGGCCUUUUAUGCCGCUGAAGAUAUCGAUGAGUGCAAACAGCUGUUUGAUGGUGAACCCCUUUGCAAUCAUCACUGUCACAACUACCUGGGGGGCUACUAUUGCAGCUGUCGUAUUGGCUACACACUGCAUGCAAACAGAAGGACAUGCACAGCAUGAGAAAAUUAUGCUUCUCCUCACUUCAGCAGAGGUGGAAACAGAUGUGCUGGGAAGAGCUGAUUUGCCCUCCCUCUCGCCCUGCCAGUAGCUGUCUGUCACAGUCGGCCAGAAGCCAGUCUCCACUUGCUCCGUGACUUGUACGUCUUGGGGUUUCUUUCCUUUCAGACCUGCCUCCUGGAGACAAUAAAGAGGCUGUUCCUCGUUGAAAGCUGA